AAAGACGUUGCAAAUUAUUGCCUAAAUCCCCUAUCCAUUAGAUUAUCCAGAAUCAUCUUCUCCCUCCACUCUCUCUUUCCGAAACACAAAUUUCAUCCGAAAACCAAUGCCGCAAAGACAGCAACAACAAUCUGGAGGAAUUCAAUAAUGGCGUUCAUGCAUCUUCAUCAUCACCUCCCUUCUCCAUCUCUCUCAUUUUCCAGAUCUUCACUGCCGCUUUGCAGAUCAUCAUCUCGUUUCUCUCCGCCGUCAUCUCCAUUUCCCUCCCAAAAAUACACUGAUUUCGGCGACCGCCUUCUUCAUCUCCCCCAAAAACCUCUGAGUUUCGUGCUCUCUGGGGCUCUAGCGCUCGGCAUAACCCUCUCCGGAGUUGGAUUUGCUGAUGCUAAAGUUGGGGUUAACAAACCGGAAUUGCUUCCCAAGGAGUUCACCUCUGUCAUUGAUGUUGCUGGGUUUUUAUCUGAUGGCCAGGAAAUUAGACUCAAACAAGAAAUUGCUGACAUUGAGAAGGAUACUGGAUAUAAAUUGCGAGUUUUGGCCCAAAAUUAUCCUGCGACUCCAGGGCUGGCAGUAAAAGAUUUUUGGCAAGUGGAUGAUAGGACAAUCGUGUUUGUUGCUGAUCCUACAUUUGGUAACAUAUUGAACUUCAAUGUUGGAGCGACGGUCGAUUUAGACAUUCCAAGGAGCUUUUGGAGCCGUUUGGCUGGAAAGUAUGGAAACAUUUUUUAUUGGAAAGAGAAGGAAAAUAUGGUCACGAUCAUCAUCUCAUAUGAUCGCUCUGGUGACUUAAACAGGGUGAAGAUUCGUCUAUUGAAUCAGCUGUUAUGGCAAUAUCUAGUUGCUUGAGAGAACCCGUCGGCCCAAAUAACUGUUCCGAGAUAAAGUAAGAGCUUACAGCAUCAAAGAAUUCUGUUGUGUAUUUUUAAACUUGAUUUGUAUGUUUUGACAGUGAUACAUGAUAUAUAGUCUUCUCUUGCUACAA